CGCCAAAACACUUCCGCCUUGUGGUCCAGGCUGUCUUUCCACGGUCUCCGCCGGUGUGAUCGCACAGCCGGAGUUUACACCUCGGAUCACGACCUAAAACAUUUACUAAGAUGCCUCCCAAAAAGCAAGAAGCCCCCAAAGCUCCCCUUUUAAUCGGACGAUUCGGGACAUCUCUGAAAAUCGGAAUUGUCGGAUUACCUAACGUUGGGAAAUCCACCUUCUUCAAUGUGUUAACCAAGAGCCAAGCCAAUGCUGAGAAUUUCCCUUUCUGUACAAUCGAUCCCAAUGAGAGCAGAGUCCCGGUGCCAGAUGACCGUUAUGACUUCCUCUGCCAGUAUCAUAAGCCUGCCAGUAAGGUGCCGGCUUUCUUGCACGUGGUGGACAUUGCUGGGCUAGUGAAGGGAGCUCACGCCGGGCAGGGUUUGGGGAAUGCCUUCCUCUCCCACAUCAGCGCCUGUGAUGCCAUCUUCCACAUGACGCGUGCGUUUGAUGACGAGGACAUUAUCCACGUGGAAGGAAACGUCGACCCGGUCAGAGACAUCGAGAUCAUCCACGAGGAGCUCAGGCUGAAGGACGAGGAGAUGAUCAAUGAUAAGCUGGGGAAGACCAAUUUGCGAGGCGCGGACAAGAACAAACCAGAAUAUGACAUCAUGACAAAGAUCAAGAACUGGGUGGUGGAAGAAAAGAAACACAUCCGGUUUUACCAUGAGUGGAAUGACAAAGAGAUUGAGGUCCUAAACAAGCACCUCUUCCUCACAUCCAAACCUAUGAUCUACCUGGUCAAUCUGUCAGAGAAAGACUACAUCAGGAAAAAGAACAAGUGGUUGGCCAAAAUCAAGGAGUGGGUCGACGCUCAUGAUCCUGGAGCCAUCGUCAUUCCCUUGAGUGGAGCCCUGGAGUCCAAACUGCAGGACAUGGAGGAGGACGAGAGGACCAAGUACUGUGAGGAACAGAAGACACAGAGUGUACUGACCAAAAUAAUAAAGACGGGCUACGCGGCGCUUCAGCUCGAAUACUUUUUCACAGCGGGACCAGACGAGGUGAAAGCAUGGACCAUCAGGAAAGGAACCAAGGCCCCUCAAGCAGCAGGAAAAAUCCACACGGACUUUGAGAAGGGCUUUAUCAUGGCUGAGGUGAUGAAGUUCAGCGACUUCAAAGAGGAGGGCAGUGAAAACGCAGUAAAGUCUGCGGGAAAAUACAGGCAACAAGGAAGAAACUACAUUGUGGAGGACGGGGACAUUAUCUUUUUCAAAUUCAAUACGCCCAAUGCACCCAAGAAGAAAUAAUUGGCAGACAUGUUGCCAAAAGGAAGAGGUCAGAAUACAGACUCUAGCGCCAACGUCCAUCGCUUUACGCUUCUCACCUUCUAAAACAAUGGAUGAAGCCUAGCAUACUGCCCCCUAGGCUGCCAGAUUUGGACCACAUUCACCACAUUCCUGUCUGCAUUUUAUCUGCUAUUCUGGUGAAGAUGACCAUUUUCUUGCAAAAGGAAGAGCUAUAUUAAGUUGACAUUGCACAGUACACAAUGGGUUUGUGUAUGCGCCAUUACAAAAUUAAGUAAAAAUAUUUAAGGCAUGAUUCCCACUGUCUGAUAAACUGAACACUUUAUGUAUAAUGAAAUUGAGCCUGUCCAAUUACAUUUUGUUUUACUACAUGUAAAUGCUAUGGUUUUCAUUCUGCUUUAAAGUUUGUAUUUUGGCCAGCCGUGCUCAUGGAAAAGGGGAAAGGGUCCAAGUGUCACAUCCAGAAUAAUGUGUCAAUAAAAGAACACUGUAAUCACA